UCGCGCUGGAAAAGCGGCCAUUUUCUUUGUGCCGCGUCGCUUACGACAAGUCGUAUGUGGUCCAUAAAGUUAAUUUAGUUAAGUUGAGGCGUGAUCUCAUCGUAUGAAGUGAAUCGGUGAGAUAAAUUGGUUUAGUGAGAUUGAUAAUCGUAUUCAAUGGGUUGCGGGCGCGACGAGUGGCGAGGCGGAAACAUGGAUGACGAUCAGCAGUUCUGUCUGCGGUGGAACAACCACCAGUCUACUCUGGUCUCCGUGUUCGACACACUGUUGGAGAAAGGCAUUCACGUGGACUGCACCCUGGCUGCGGAAGGACAGACGCUAAAGGCGCACAAAGUGGUGCUGUCCGCAUGCAGUCCCUAUUUCGAGAAUGUGCUAUCCCAACAGUAUGACAAGCAUCCAAUAAUCAUUCUAAAAGAUGUCAAAUAUGCGGAGUUGAGAGCAAUGAUGGAUUACAUGUACCGCGGUGAAGUGAACAUAUCACAGGACCAGUUGGCUGCACUGUUAAAAGCGGCAGAGUCCUUACAGAUUAAGGGUCUCUCAGAUAACAAGCCCUCCCGGCCACCGUCGCGCCCCGCGCAAGCCGCCCCUGCACACCCGCCCCGUGCUCCCUCGCCACCGCCUCAGGGCCGGUCGGGCAGCGCGGAGCGGCGCGCGGGCUCGCUGUCGCCGAGCCGGCGCCGCAAGGUGGCGCGCCGCUCGCUGGACGCGGAGCCCUGCAGCGACCCGCCGCCCUCCGAGGAGGCGCCGCCCUCGCGCGACACUGUCGAGGACCUCACCAUCGACGAGGAACACGACCAGACCCCGCAACACAACGACGUCGUGCGCAAUUUCCAAUGGCACAUGGAACGAUCUCAAGAUGAACUGAUGAACUCUAACGACAGCAUCCGGGAGUCGCAAGGGCCGGAGGACGUGUCGUUCUCGCGCAUCGGCGGGCUGUCGUGGGAGCAGUGGUCGGCGCGGCUGGCGCUGCCGCUGUGCGGCGGCGGGCGGGGCGGGCGCGAGGCGGCGCGGGAGCCGCGCGAGGGCCGCGACGCGUGCUUCGCCUGCCCCGACUGCGGCCGCGGCUACAAGCUGAAGUCGUCGCUGCGCAACCACCAGAAGUGGGAGUGCGGCAAGGAGCCGCAGUUCCAGUGCCCCUACUGCGUCUACCGCGCCAAGCAGAAGAUGCACAUCGCGCGCCACAUGGAGCGCAUGCACCGCGAGCUGCACGUCAAGCCGGAGCCCUACAUCAAGCAGGACAACGUGGACGCGUGCAUGUAGCCUUUGACAGAUUGUGAUAGAUGUGAUGCAAGCCUUGUGAUAGUGGCGCCGGCCGAGGCCGCCGGUGACGCGCUGCAUACCUACCGUACGAUUUUAAACUCAUGACGAAUUACUGUUAGUAUUCGCGCUGAUUGCACUAUUUGCAGCGGUGCUACCGACUGUUGCAUUUAUUCACUAUACGUUAAGGAAAGUGAUUUCGUGUCUAGGUACGCUUUUUUUAAUUUUUUGAUAUUUUUAUAUGUACAGCAUUUUACUGUAUUUUAUCAUUCCUGGUUUACUCGUAGGUAGGCGUUAGAUCGAUAGACGGUUUUCCUCGCGUAGGAAACGUAGUUUGUAUUUGUUACCAAUCGCAGUUACUAUUUGCUAAAGGGAGGCGUCAGCUUCGCGGCGGGGGGCGGAGCUGCGGACGCCCCGUCUCGCCCGCGCACCGCCGCGAUUUCGUUUUGUAUACCUAGCCUAGUUUUAAUCGAAAUGAAGCUAUUUUCGCUUAGUUAGCAAGCUCUAGUUCUUUGCCAUAAUGCAUGUUCCAUUAUUUUGUAAUACUCAGAUAAGUUAAUUUUUAAUGGUUUAUUUUUAGAUCUCUUAACGUGUAAUGCAUUUAUAUUAAUUAAGAACUCAUUUGAAAUUAUAUUUUGAUAAUGUAACGCGAUCAAAUAGAGAUGCUCUCGAUAGUUAAGUUCCUCGUGAUGAAGUAUUUUAGUGAAUGUUUCCUCGACUCCGGGACCAAUGCGGUUGUUCAGAGACGUUUCUGUGAGUGCCUUAUGUCGUAGUUGUUGACGUGGACUUGUAAAGUCGAGCCACUGCCAUUCAAAUAUAUAUCGAAAAUCGUGCACAAAAUAUUUGUUACGUUUGAUGUUGUAAUGAAUCUUCCACGUAGUUAUUCUAAGUAUUUUAUACAUUACCAUUUAGGAGUUGUAAGAAUUAGUCUGUAGUAGGGUAGGCAGAUAUACUCAAUCGAUCACAAGCCGCUUUAUUUUAUUAUUUUAAAGUUAAAUCGUCAAAAAGUUCCUUUAGAUGUGUCGUAUCGAUAUUCGGAUCAUGUAUGUGUGGAAUGCGGAGCGCGUACAAACUUGCCAUUGAGUAUUUCUGCAUAUUUACUACAUAAUUAUUAGAUAUCCGUCGGAGUUACCAUCGUACAAUCAAUGUAGACUUCACAAAGUACAAGCAUGCAAGUCAAUUCAAUAUUAAGUGCCUUUGAAACGUUAGUCAUUAGGAUUUAAAACAUUUCAAUGCGAAAUUGAAAUCGAUGAUGUAACUUGUUAUUGCUAAAUAUCUAGGUUGUGACAAACAUACGAGCUAUGUCAAUAAACGUUUGUACUAUAUCAAGUUAAAUUCCUGACAAUAAUGAGGCGGCGACGCCCUGCUAGUAUUACAUAGCUGUGAUAACUUUACUCUCAAAUAGAAGUAGACCACACGCGCGGUCGACAUCUGGAAGCCAAGUGAAAUGUCGCUCGUUGAGUCCUAAGCCAAGUGAAAGCAAACAAUCUUAUUUACACUAUAACAAUAGCUCCCUACAAUAUUAACGAUGCCACACACAAUGAGAUUGUCAAUAAGAAGUUACAGUGAUUAAAUGCAUUUGAUUGUAUUUUUAUAAACAUUUUUGUAUUUUUAAUAAAGUUGCUAUUCUUGAUAAA